AUGCUCAGUCGUAUUUCUGCAUCGAGUAAUAUUCUACAAGAAUACAGGAAGCGUCCAUCGGCUGGUCCAAGAGAGCUUACGCAAGCAAUGGUUCGGUCCAUUGAGGAAGCUGACAAGCCAGCCAAGAGGGGCAAAAAGCCCGAGACACAGAGGGGAGAACAGGUCUCCAAAAAAACCAAGGGGCAAACCCCCAAGAAGCGAAAGACUAAUAAACCUGUCCCUUCUCAGGUUCAACCGAAAAAGCAAAAGAAGCCGGCUCGGAGGCUUAUUCUGCAAUCUUCAAGCGAUCCAGAAUAUGUCCCUCCUAAGCACAAAAGCGCUUCUCCAUCGGAAUCUGAGAGCGAAAGCUCAGAAGAAGAGGCUUCAGGCAGAGUUGUCACCGAACACAGCACUUCCUUGUCUGAUGCAGCUAAGGCAAUUGCAACAUCCACUUCUCAAUGCCAACAGGCCUCCACUGCUGGUGUUGCUGCCAAAAAUGCUAAACUGGUCAACGCUUCGGUCAAGAACCUUCAGAAGUCCAUUCAAGCUGAGCGAUCGAACUUUGAAGCAGCACGCCUGGCCAUUCAACAAGCCAACAAGAAACUCCAUGAUAAUGUCAACGAUCGCUUAACUUAA